AUUUUUGGCCACCCUUGACUAGUGCUGUUUCCCUUCCAGAGAGCUGCAUUUCCUGCCGUGCGGCAUUGCUGCUAUUGGCCAAACUUCCUGUCAAGGAGCAGGAGGCUGGGUUUGUAUGGAAAGUGCUGAAAUACGGGCAAGAAAAACGUGCAGAACCAUGAAGUGCCUUUAUACCACUCAGACUGGGUUAAUAGUGCUGAUGUAACAAAUUUCAACAGGAGUUGACCCUAAUUACCUAGCUAACUGGACCCUCUGGCUUUGGUUUGGAGGCUGCUUCUUUGGUGACUGACUUAGAGAUCCUGCUUAUUCAAAAAGGAACACGUGCAGACACAUCAGUUAGAAAAGGAGACUUCUGAAAUGGAGAACUGCGAAACUCAGGCUUGUUCAGGGCAAAAAGAUGUCAUCAGAGUUGGGACAAGGAAAAGCCAGCUGGCUCGUAUUCAGACAGACAGUGUUGUAGAAAUGCUGAGUAAGAGAUUUCCUGCUGCUCGCUUUGAGAUCGUUGCCAUGGCCACAACAGGAGAUAAAAUUCUUGACACUGCCCUAUCCAAGAUCGGAGAAAAGAGUUUAUUCACAAAGGAGUUGGAGAAUGCCCUGGAGAGAAAUGAGGUUGAUCUAGUUGUGCAUUCGUUGAAGGAUUUACCAACAUCGCUGCCUCCUGGAUUUACAAUAGGAGCUGUGUGCAAACGAGAAAACCCUUAUGAUGCUGUUGUCUUCCAUCCUAAAUACCAGGGGAUAUCUUUGGACAUGUUACCUGAAAAAAGUAUAAUUGGAACCAGCUCCCUCCGCAGAGCAGCUCAGUUGAAGAAAAUGUUUCCACAACUGGAAUUCAAAGAUAUUAGAGGUAACUUGAACACACGAUUGAAAAAGUUGGAUGAGCAACAGGAUUUCAGUGCCAUUAUCCUAGCUACUGCUGGACUAAGUCGUAUGGGGUGGGAAAACCGUAUUGGCCAGAUUCUGAGUCCAGAUAUUUGUAUGUAUGCUGUGGGUCAGGGGGCACUAGCUGUGGAAGUUCGAGCCAAAGACGAAGACAUUCUGCGUAUGGUGUCUGCGUUGCAGGAUCCCCAGACUGUUUUGCGUUGCAUAGCCGAAAGAGCAUUCAUGAAAAGACUGGAGGGUGGUUGCAGUGUUCCAGUAGCCGUUCACACAGUAAUUGAUGAAUCUCAGUUGUACCUUUCUGGUGCUGUCUAUAGUCUGGAUGGAUCGGAUUGCCUGAAAGAGACAAUGCAAACCUGUAUGCUUUUUACACAGGAGGGUGUGGAAGGUCCCAAUGAUGACACACAGCAUGUGGGGAUAACUGCAUUAGGGGUCCCCAGAAAUGCUUUGAAUGCUGCGGAACGUUUAGGAACUGAACUAGCAGAUCUGUUACUAAGUCAAGGGGCCAGAGAGAUCCUGGUGGUGGCCCGUCAGUUAAAUGAUUCAAGAUAAUGGGAAAUACAGAGGAGAGAAAAUCCAGCCAAUAUCCAUUUAAUUUACCAGCAUAGUCCAUCUUUGUAUGCGGUCUAAUGUCCAAGCAAUCUGUAAUACCUGGACAUUUGUAGAGUUGUUUAAAUGUGGAGUGUAUGCACUACUCACACCAAAUCCAAAUGUAACUUUUUUGUUAGCAGACUUUGACUUAUUACAUGAACCAAGAGCUCUAUUUGUUACAAAAA